AUGACUCCAAGACUGAAUGUUCAUUUCAUCCAUGUCAAGCCUCCAAACCUCCCCGCUGGACAGAAAGCCAUCCCUCUGCUGAUGGUUCACGGCUGGCCGGGUUCUUUCUAUGAAUUCUAUGGGAUUAUUCCACUUCUGACUGAGCCGGGGAAACACGGCCUGGACCCUAACUUCACAUUUGAGGUCAUCUGUCCCUCUAUUCCUGGAUAUGGCUUUUCAGAGGCACCACAUAAGAAGGGUUUAGAUGCCAUUGCUGCAGGACGAAUCUUCUACAAACUGAUGCUGAGACUGGGAUUUAGUGAGUUCUAUCUGCACGGAGGAGACUGGGGAAGCCUCAUCACCACCACCAUGUCCCAGAUGAAACCAGAGUCAGUAAAAGGACUCCACCUGAAUGUAGUGUUCUUGGGUAAAGGUGGGUUCAAAGUGCUCAUUUCGUUGAUCCUUGGGCGCUAUCUGCCAUGGUUAGUGGGCAUGACCAGAGAAGAUGUCAAGCUUAUCUAUCCAUACUUUGAGAAGAAUGUGUAUGCUGUGCUUCGGGAGUCUGGAUACCUCCACAUUCAGGCAACCAAGCCGGAUACUGUAGGCUCUUCUCUGAAUGACUCGCCUGCUGGGCUGGCUGCCUAUAUCCUGGAAAAGUUCUCCACCUGGACCAAUCCGGACUAUCGAGCCCUGGAGGAUGGAGGACUGGACAGGAAAUACUCGUUGGAUGACCUUCUCACCAAUGUGAUGAUAUAUUGGGUGUCAGGCUCCAUCACAUCUUCCAUGAGGUUUUGCAAAGAAAACUUGUCCCAUGAAUCCCGUUUUGGUCUAGUUGCAAGGACCCCUGUGUAUGUUCCCACCGGCAUUGCUGCGUUCCCACAUGAGCUGAUGCACAACCCCAAGAUCUGGGUCAAAGAGAGACACAAAAACAUUGUCAACUACAACUACAUGCCCCGCGGAGGGCACUUUGCUGCCUUCGAGGAGCCCGAACUGCUGGCCCGCGACAUCCAGAACUUUGUGUCUAAGGUGGAAAAAAAUGCUAAAUAAAGUACAGGACCCGUCACGCUACAUGUGCUGCCCAACACACUAC